AUGUUGAAGAAAAAGGGCCUGGGAUUCAGCGACCAUGCCAUCCGAGCUCUCACGCAUUCCGAGGCUCAAGAGAUCUCGGCGGAGAUAAAUCACAGCAACGAAGCCAAAAUUGUGCCUCGUGACAGAGACACUCGGGAAGCACAGCAUAUAGCUAGUCAAAUCAGGGAAAAAAGUGCUAGUGAGAAGGCAUCCGGAUCCACUGUUGUCUGGGAAUAUCGCCAAGAACUGGGAAUUGUUCCAGCAGAAAUUCGAGCUUUUUCUGGACGCAACGGAAUCGCCAAAAGAGCCCCGAACCACGGCCGCCAAAACAGCACUGCUGCUCAGCACUGCCGGAGACGACGCAUUGGAGCACCGGUAGAGCCCGGCUUGGUGUCCGUGCUCUCGGCCCAGCAGCGUCGCAUUGUGCUCAACAUCAUAGGCCCACCGACCUGGAACAGGGACCCAGUCGGUUUCAAUGUGGCGUGGCAGGUGUUGAAUGAUCGCCGCGGACCACACGGAGAGCUGAAAGUGCCGCUGCCGCCCAAUUGGUCAACUGAGGAGAACUCGCUGAACGCCACGCUACCGCUUCCAGGUGGCCACGACUACUGUCUUUCCGUGAGUGCACUAGGGUCGGAUGGUGCGGACAACGAUAUCUGGGGCCCCGCAGUAGACGUCAACGUAAGCCUGCCACUCGACUAUUACGAGAUUUCAGCGCACGCCAUUGGCCCAUCCAGGGCAGUCAUCUCGUGGCGAGCCUCCGAGAUAGUUGAAGUCUUCAAGGUGACUGUGUACAUUGAUUAUGACGAAGGAAACCUUGAUUUCUACUCUAUGUGGGAAUUUGAAGGUACCGACACGACGUCCUCGAGGCCUACUGUUCUUGUUACCGAUCUGCCGCCUUGGAUGUACUACAUGGCAAGUCUUGAAGGUUGCCUUGGUAAAAACUGUAGCGCUACACUUAUCCCGUAG